UAGGGCUGCAGCAUCAGAGUGCCGUUCUAUGCAUGCCUGUUCCCACUGCAUCCCAUGGGAUUUACUUUUACCUGCGUAGCACAAUGGACUGCAGUUUUACUUCUUGAUCCUAGGCAUGUUUACGUGGGCGUCCCACUGAAUUCAGCUGGGCUUACUCCAAGAAAAGUUUCAUUGGCUUAUGUAGCCAAAUCCUAUACGUGUUUACUUAGAAGCGUGCAAAAUGGCAGAAAGACCUAUUUGGGAGCAAAUUGGAACAAGUUUUAUACAACUGUAUUACCAGCAGUUUGAUACCAACAGGGAACAACUAGCUUCACUUUAUACAGAUGCUUCUUGUUUAUCAUGGGAAGGGCAGCAAUACCAAGGAAAAGCAUCAAUCAUGGAAAAAUUGCUGAGACUCCCUUUCCAAAAAAUUCAGCACAACAUAACAUCCCAAGAUCACCAGCCAGCUCCUGACAACUGUAUCCUUAGUAUGGUUGUUGGUCAGCUGAAGGUGGAUGAUGAUCCAGUGAUGGGAUUUCACCAGUUGUUUGUUCUCAAGAACAUUAACGACAAAUGGAUCUGUUCCAAUGACAUAUUUAGGUUGGCUCUGUACAACUUUGCUUGAAAUCUCUGUUCUCAAGCAUGCCUUUGAGAUCGUUCAUCUCAAAAAAAAUUGUAAACAAAACUUGGUUUUAAAAUUGCUUGUAUUCUUCUUCAUUCUUUUGCUUGGUGAUUGACAGAACAUGUAUAUUCUGUUUUAAAUGUUAAGCAAACUCAUUAGGAUGAUCAUUUCCUCAAAUAUACCUUCAUUUCGCUCCUGUACACAUGUCACAUAAAACCUUGUGUAUAUAAAGUACUGUAAGAAUGCUCUGCUUGUCUAUUUUAAUUGCAUUAAACAUGUUGAAACUUGCAUAAAGGAUCGCUUUUUAAAUUGCUCUGAAAUUUAGCUCUGAAGUAACCACAAGAAGUCCUGUUAGUGGACAUGAGGGAAUAGCCAUUUUUCUUAAAUGCAUUUCCUUAAAUGACUACAUAUUUCAUAUCCUCAUGUUAUUUGUUGAUAUGAUGGUAUGAACUCUGGGUGAAUUUGCACUGCUAAGUUUGCAUUUUGAAUAUAUUGUUUGCAUGAAGUCUGAGGUGGCUGGAGCCGUUCAUUAUCAUGGCAAGACAAGCCCCAUGUAUGUACCAUUGUGCUGCCCCGUGUUUAUGGAAUUUGUUACGGCUAAAGAUUUAUCAGAUAUGAGAAUUUGCCCAUUCAUAUGGACAAUUAAAGCUUUUCUUUUCAA